AUGAAAGCCUGGGAGAGGGUGGAAGAGGGUAAACGGCAGGGGAGAGGGAAGAGAAAGGGUAGGGACAGGGUAGACUGGAUGGAGGUAGACGAGGUGGUGUGUUUGCCAAGGUUGCCCCGGGUCGCUGUAUGCGGUGGUACACAUGGCAACGAGCUGUCUGGGGUGUACUUAGUGAGAGAGCUGCUGAAGGCAGAGAAGAAAGUGAUGGAGAAGGAGGAGGAAGAACCCCUGUCAGUGCUGAUGGUGCUGUCGAACCCGCGGGCCAUGCAGCAGUGCCGCAGAUACGUCGACACCGACCUCAACCGCUGCUUCACCCACGCCAAGCUCAAUGGUCCCAUACCAGACAAUGCCCCCUACGAGAUAAUCAGAUCCAGAGAACUGAACGCCACGCUGGGUCCAAAAGGAAAUCCUGAGGCGGUGGAUCUUGUUUGUGACCUCCACAACACCACUGCCAACAUGGGCCUGUGCUUCAUCGCGUACUCUGACUGUGACUGGAUCUGCCUGCACAUAUUUAGACAUCUGCAGAGGCAGAUGCCUGAUGUACCAAUGAGGUACAUCCAUUUUGACGUCUCCAAUAAAGAAUCAUAUUCCCUUGAUUCAGUGGGAAAACAUGGCUUUGCUAUGGAGAUCGGCCCACAGCCCCACGGUGUGGUGAGGUCAAACAUCUAUACGGCAAUGAAAGUUGGUGUGCAGCACAUGCUCGAUUGGGUCCGUAUCUUCAACUCAGGUACUAUUUUUGAAGGAGGAUGUGUGGAUGUGUUCACUAUGAUUAAACACAUUGACUACCCAAGAGACAAUGAGACUCGAAACAUCACCGCAGCCAUUCAUCCUAAAGUCCAGGACCGAGACUUCUGCCUGCUCCACCCUGAAGACCCACUGUUCCAGACUUUCUCAGGCGAAACUCUGAGGUAUAAAGGCAAUGAACCUCUUUAUCCUUUCUUCAUCAAUGAAUGUGCAUAUUACGAAAAGGGCAUCGCUCUCUCCCUGGCAAGGAAAAGGCGUGUUACGAUUCCUGCAAUCCGGGUGCAGACAGAGCAGCAGCAACGAGCUAACGAACAGGAAUUUGCAUCAGAAGAAGAGGAGUGA